GCUCUUUAAAUGCUUUGUAUUUAUUUAAUGUUGCUGAUUUUGCUCAGUGCUGUUUGAGUGUAUCACCAGAAGACAAAGAAGAAGUUUCCCACAUUUAGUUAGAGCUGCAGGAUAUUUGUCAGGUUGAGAUCUCGACUGAAGAUGUAAAGAUGAAGGAUGUCAAAUGUCUUUCUGUGAUUGGACGGUCCAAAACAUUUCUGUUGUAGACUGAUGUGUGUAAACAGCCUCGUGUUGCAGCUGCAGACUGAAGUUUGUUUUAUUCUGAAAUUAAAGGUCAAGUUUAAGAAAAGUUUUUCUGCAGUAACAAGUUUGUUCCACAAGCUGGAGCCACUUCAUCCCAUCAUGGAGCUGGUGAGCUGCUCUGAUGUUCAAUUACUCAAACUUUAUUAGUCUGAGAAGGGAAGAUACUACUACUGUUAGUACUACUACUACUGUAACUGCUACUUCUACUAACACGUCUACUACUUUAACUAUAGUACUACUACUUUCUGUACUACUGUUAUUUGCACUACUACUGCUGUUGUACAUACUGCUGCUUGUACUGUUGUUGUUACUUGUGUUGUGUGUACUACUACUUUCACUAAACCUAGUACUGCAAUGCCUAUUUAACCUCAACUAAUACUAUUAAAGGUAACUUCUCUACUCCUGCCAGUACUAGCACUUUUUCUGCUGCUCUUACAGUUACUGCUACUAGUAGUACUCACGCUGCUAUUAGUAUAAUUACUGUGAAGCUGUAACUUACUGUUACUUCUGAUAUUAUUGUUACUGGAACUGUAGUAACUGGUACUGCUAUACCUCGUACUGUCACUAGUACUACUUUCACUGAACUAUUAACUCAUGCUAUUUUUAUUGGCAGUACUACUAUAACUUGUACUUAUGCUAUAGAAGUUACAGCCUACUACUACUGCUGUACUCCAGUUGUUACUGCAGUACUUCUACUAAAAUAUACUGUAGUUCUUUGUACAGGCAGUACAAUUACUUUUACUCCUGAACUACUACGUUAGUAUUGAGGUUUCUUGUACUUUAACUGCUACUGUACUACAGCUGCCACUACUGUACUUCUGGUACUACCACUAAAAUAAAUGCUACUUCUACUAAGAAACUUACUUUUACUCCCUUUCUUACUAAUACAGCUAUAAUACUCAUUACCGGUACUAAAACUCCAAUACUCUUAUUCCUACUGCUCCAAUUACUGCAAUUCUGUUUUUACUGCAUUUCUAUUUUUUUUAAUGAUACUACUGUUUCUGUUAGUCCUAGUACCGCUGCUAUUACUUCAACUACUUCUAGUACUGUUACUUUUAGUACUUUUAUUGGUACUAGCUAAUCCUACUAUCAUUAUUGCUACAACUGCUAUGAGUACUAGUCGAACUGUCACUAGUAUUACGUCUUUAAAAUCUCCUCUUUGAAGCUGCUUUCUUACUUUGACAAGUAUUUAAAAAGUAAAGUACUCUUAAGUGAGGCUGUGGUGCAGUGAAGGCAGCAGAAUACUGGAGCCUUUCCAGGUUAAUUUAAAAUAUCUACCUCCAAGAACGUGUCCUGGAAAUCUGUACAAUGAACCCAAACAUGGCCGCAGCUUCCUGAUGCAGGGGGUAAGCUGCUGGUGAACAAGUUUCACUUCCGGCUGUUGAGCGUCUGAUGAAACUUGUGGUUGACAUCAUCGGGUCUAACAUACAAAACAAUCACCUUGUGAAAUAGGAAGUCAGAGCGCUCUGCUCGCCGUGGAGGAAGACGCAGAGUCGGAUCAGAGCAGCUCCGGCUUUCAGACUCGUUGGUGAUCAUGGAUCUGCUUUGGAUGAUCCUCCCGGUGUUUCUGCUGUGCGCCGAGGCCGAGAACCUGACUGAGGUCAAAGGGCAGCUGGGGCACAGCGUCACCUUAAACUGCUCUUGGAACGCUUCAAAUGUUUACUGGUACAUGGAGAUGCACAGCCAGGUCAGAGUGCCCGUCGCCCGCUCUUUCGGUAAGGAUGCCGAAAAUAGCCAGUACUGCUUUGAAAACACUUUGAAAACUAAAUAUCAAGCCUUGGAAAACAGACUUGUGAUAACAAACAUCACAUCAGAGGACCACAGACUUUACAUCUGUGCCGUGAAGAUACAAGGCAAUAUAUCUUUUAAAGACGCCUUCCGCCUGGUCUCAGCAGACGUUCCUACUGUCGUUCCUACUGUCACUCUGUCCACCAACAGUGAAGCAAACAACCACCAGCAGCCGGCCAGCAGGACAAUGUGGCAGAAUGAGUCCGUCGUGUACAGCUCGCUCGCCCUGAAUGUGCUCCUCGUCUCUCUGGUGAUAGGUUUGGUUUGUACAUCUCUGCGUUGGCAGAAGAGAAACUGCAACUGCCAGGUGAACGAGCCUUCGCCCUUCACCCCAGAGACCCUGGAGACCCCCCAGUACGAGGAGAUCCAGCUGUCCACCUACAGAGACCCCCUGCCCGUCAGUCCUCCUCUCGAGUGUAUUUACGCCAAAGCUCAGCUGCCUCUAUCCACGCUGCCUCGACAGUGACACCUGGGAUCCUGGACUGAUGGUUCUUAAACACCUGGACGGUACCUGGACACUGGUCCGCUCACCUAUAGCAUUUGUAUUUAUCAUUUAGACAGUUGGACAGACGCUUGAGAAGUGAGAGGACGUGUUCUCCGCUACCUCAGACCGGUCUUGGUAUUUGCGGUUGUGGACUCGGUGUUUCCCUCUCAUAAAGCGAGCCUGGGUUGUCCACAACUAGAUUAAGGUGGUUCAAGGUUCAGUUUGGUUGACCUGAUAAUAAUCUGACUGUAUUGUUUUUGUAAUUUCUGAAAAGCUCUUAUUUAUGUGUUUGUGUCAUUUAUUUUCUUUGUAAUUCAUGAAAACUUUGCUCAGUAGUUUGUUUGUUUGCUGCCGACGGAUUCUUGAAUAUAUGAACAUCUCUAACAGUUAUUACAGUAAGAAAUUGCACAAAGUUUGAAAAUGUGUUAAAAAUCAUUUGUAGCAGCUAAAGGAACAACUGAGGACAAUAAACACUGCAUUCAUGUUUCUUGUGUUCAGCUGGUGCUGAAACGGACUCGGAUAUGAGACGUCUUGUGAUAAUAAACAUACUAAACUUCAGCAUUACAUCAAAUUGUAAUUCAAUUUUUUUGUGUUUUCUUUCCUCCUAAAUACAAAGAUGUGGAUAUAAAGUCAGAAAUCAGAAUUUCAGUUUUUUCAUAACUUAGGGUCUGUCUCUCUGCUGUCAAAGUCUGUUUUUAGAGCGACCACCAUCUUUCUUUUAACCUCAUCUCGCCCCCUUCAUGUAUUUGCAUGUAUUUCCGUUAUAAUGUACCAAACCAUUGGUUUCUCUCAGAGACGAUUAACGGAAGUUUGACGAAGCCCUGACGGUUGUUUAAGAGUGUUUGAACCACCUGGAUGAAAAAUAUUCUGUCCGCUGAAUUAAAAUAAAGGUUUUUGACUUGUUUCCGA